AUGGCCGUUUUGUACCUCCUCUUGAUAGCACUUAUUUACUUUUUGAUUAUCCUUUUGCUUCGAUGGCAAAAGCAGCAACCAUUACCUGGACCAAAGGGCUGGCCUGUGUUGGGAGUUUUGAUGGAGCUAGACCUUAUCCGCCUUUAUUUUACAUUUGAUAAAUGGAAGACACUUUAUGGUGACGUUUUUCAGUUCAUGUGUCUUGGUAGAAAGUUUGUCUGCGUUAACUCGUCAGACAUCAUGCGUGAUCUUCUUCUCCGGGAGCCAAACGCAACAAAAAUGGCCGGACGACCUGAUUUCUUCUUUGAAAAAUAUUUUUAUAUGCACAAAAAAGAUGUUGCUUUUUCAUCGCCGGAUCAGCAGUGGGCAAAACGAAGGAAAGUUCUGUACAAAAUGUUAAACGCUUAUGGCGAAGGCUUGGUGCGGAUUGAACAUCUAAUUAAAGGCAACUUACUUGCUAUGAAGGAAGAGAUUGAUACCUUAGAAGGUCAAAGCAUUGAUCCUAGUGAUCUUGUAGAGAGAUUCAUUUUAGAAACAAUUGAAGUUUUGGUAAGUCGCGGUAUUAAUGACAUUUAG